AUGGGCCGAAUGAUGCAUCGGUUAUACAAAACCGACAGAGCCCGCGAUUUCGACCAUGAAACGGAUCGCUAUGUGCGUAUGCAACAGAUCUACGAAACAAUCGAUCGUCAAAAAUAUCAAUGGGUGGUUGUUCUCGUGGCCGGAGUCGGAUUCUUUCUGGACGGAUACACUUUAUUUGCAAGCAACAUCGCCCUCCCCAUGAUUCAAUACGUAUACUGGCAUAAUGAAACGAACUCAUCAAGAUUAACAUUCAUCAACAUUGCGACACUAGCAGGCACAGUCGUCGGUCAAGUUGCUUUCGGAUUCUUAGCAGAUAAGAGGGGCAGGAAGAGGAUGUAUGGUGUUGAAUUGGUGUUGUUGAUUGUGGCCACUCUCGGUGUGACGAUGGCUUCUACGGGUGCGAAUAAUAGUAUGAGUAUAUAUGCUUGGUUAAUUUGGUGGCGUAUUGUCACCGGUAUUGCUGUGGGUGCUGAUUAUCCAUUGAGUGCUGUGAUUACAUCCGAGUUCGCACCGACUAAACAUCGUGCUCGAAUGUUGGCUUCGGUCUUCUUCAUGCAACCCCUAGGCCAAUUGUCCGGUAAUAUCGUCGCCCUUAUCGUGGUCGCCGCUACCCGAAACCGAGUCAACGCAGACACCGUCCGCGCAGUUGACAUAAUGUGGAGAUGGGUUAUUGGCAUCGGCGUCAUUCCCGGCGUGGUAGCGUCUCUAUUCCGAUUCGCGAUUCCAGAAACACCCCGAUAUCUGCUGGAUAUCGACAAUGACCCCAUCAAAGCCGAAUUUGAUGCCACAACCUUGUUUGGCGAGCAGCAACAGGCUGAAUUUGGUAGUGAAUUCGACGCUCCCUGGGAUGGAACGACGUUACCCAAAUCUGCGGCGUCAUUUACUUCCUACGCAAGUGGUGCUGGUAGUGCCUCUAUCGAUGACGGGGCCAGUAUCGCACCUAAUACCGAGUAUACACUUCAUCCACCCACUUUCCAAUCCCAUUGGCGCGUUGUUUGGAAUGAUGUGGUAUACUACUUUUGGAAAGAAGGGAACUGGCGAACUCUACUCGGAACAUCGAUUGCAUGGAUGUUACUCGACUUUGGGUUUUAUGGCAUUCAGCUAUCGAACCCGCAAUUCCUGGCAAAGACUUGGGGUACUCUAGACCUUCACGCACCCGCUCCAUCAUGGAAGACGGACGAUAAUAGCGAUGAAUCUAUCUAUACCAUGUUUCUGCACACUUCCGUCGAGGCAAUGGCGAUUUUGAAUGCGGGCAGUGUUCUGGGAGGACUACUGCUUAUUGCUUUUGCACCAAAACUGAACCGUGUUCAUUUGCAAAAGUAUGGGUUUUUGGCAUUGGCGUCGUUGUUUAUUGCCAUGGGUGUCAUGUUCAUUACAGUCCAUAAAGAAGGACCGGUGGCCAUUGUCUUAUACAUCAUUGGGCAGAUGUUGUUCAACUUUGGCCCCAAUGCAACUACAUACAUGCUCCCCGCAGAACUCUUCCCAACCCGCUACCGAGCAACCUGCCACGGCAUAAGCGCCGCAUCCGGGAAAAUAGGCUCAAUCCUCGUCGAAAUUUUCACAGUCUACUACAACAUCGGCAGCACGUCAACAAAAGUCAGUAGUACGCAACGCUACGGCUGGAUUUUGGUAGUUUUCAGCGCUGCCAUGAUCAUCGGGUCUGUGGUAACUCAUUUCUUGAUUCCAUCUGUACAACAACAUAAUAGGCGGGGUUCUCAUGGAGUGGGUAGAUUUAAGAGGGAAUGUUCGAGUUUUUGGUUUGAUGAAAAGGAGAAGACGCUGGAGAGUCUUGCGCUGGGACGGUUGGGGGAGAGUAGUCGGUAUGCGGUGCGGAGGACGAGGUCUAUACAUCGAUUACCGGCGAGAAGGUUUUAG